AUGGUUUUCAUGGCCAUAUCUCUUCGUCUACAUCACGAGAAAGAAUCUACGUGGGCGCGAGCACUCUUAAGAAUUGACUGGGUGGGAAACUUCAUAUUCAUCGCCUCUCUUUGUUCUCUGUUGGUCGGCCUUAUUUGGUGGAUCUGUGUUCUCGUGGUCUUCCUGGCGAGUAAUCCUCCCAAUUGUGCUUGGGGUACUAGGAUGGAUAGAGCUGGAACAAACUUCAUUCCUUAUGAGGCUUUUCUCAUUGUGACAGCUGGCAUGGCUGGCGGGAUUCUCUCGAAAUUUGGACACUAUCGGCCAUUGCACCUCGUUGGAUUUGUUCUUAGUAUUCUUGGACCGGGAUUGAAUAUCAUGUUAUCAAACACCACCCCCAAAGUUUCUUGGGUCAUUUUCCAGAUGGUCGACGCCAUUGGCCGAGGAAUUCUGCUGCCUACCGUUCUGCCUGCGAUAAUGGCUUCCUUGCCUGACUCAGACGGUAUCACAAUACCCGGGAUCGUCUUUAAUGCGCAAUUCGAUCGCUACUCCAAUCGUAUCAGCGACCCUGCCGUCCGCCAAGAACUAGCAGGCGGGCGGGCCUAUCAGUUUGUCACUGGUACUUGUAUCCAUUCCCUGGAGCCCACUAUCCGACAACAAGUGAUUUCGGUAUAUCGAGAAGCCCUGAAAUCAGUUUGGAUUGGCGCUGUUGCGUUCGGAUGUACAGGGCUUGUUGCAGUAUGCGUGGAAAGACACAUAUCACUCCGAACGAAAUUGGACACACAGUUCGGACUAAAGUCUGAUAAGCUUGAAAGAACCAAGAAAAGAAGGUCUCUGUACCAGAGGACAUAG